AUGAGAGUUCUACGCAGCAGGCCUGGGAAAUCCCAGCUGUCUUUCAUUCUGCUCCUUCUGGUUGUCCUGGCCACGGUUGGUCAUGUAUCGGCGCAAGGGAAAGAUGCGAACACGUCGGCGACUACCGAUGCCGCCCAGACCACCACUGCAGAUCCCUCCUCGUCCACCUCCACCGAGAGUCUGUCAAGCGGGACCACUUCGUCGACAAAAACAUCAGCCUCUACCGCAAGCUCCUCGUCCUCGUCGAGCUCGCAGUCCACCAUGGAUUCAUCAACGACAACAUCUUCCUCCUCUUCCACGUCCACUGAUAGCACGUCAACGUCCUCCGUUUCCACAACAACGGGCUCAACAUCCUCCUCCUCUUCAACCUCAACUUCCGGCCCCGUCGUCGCCGUCCCCCCUACCGAGAAUGCGCCGUAUAUGCAAGAAUCGAAUAUUCCCGAAGGCACCGUCUUCAUUGCGGUCGGUGCCAUCCUCGCUCUGAUCGGACUGGCCGUCCUCGCCUGGCGAGCCCUGGUCGCAUGGUCCGUCAACCGUUCCGUGCGCCGCGCAGCUCUCGCGCAAAGUUCCGAAAAGAAACGACUGUCUCGUCGGAACGGUGGUGGUCGGAAACGCUCGCACGGCGUCUACACCGCAGCAGCUGGAUCAGCCGCCGCCGCAGGCAACGACGUCUCCCUCGACAAACUCGGCACAUCUACCCGCACGACGUACAAGUCAACAAAGAGAGUCCCCAGCUCCAGCAGUGGGCUAUUUUUCUCGCCCACGGCCGGGGGGACCGGAUCGCAUCACAGUCUUCCCAAUGCUGGGAAUCGAGCUUCGACAUAUCUUCCCGCAGGAUACUAUGCUGCGGCCGGUGUUUCGACACCCUCGCGCGAACAUCAUGAUUCCCAACCUCAUAUUUAUUCUCCUACCGGUGCCGGUGGUCCUGUCUCUCCCGGGGGUGGAUAUUUCGCCGGAUCAUCGCCUUCGCUGCCCCCCGUAGGCGGUUACACGGACGCACCACCGAAUCGUCACUCCUACAUGGCUGCAUCUUCGAGCUCGCUGAACUUGAAUCAGCCACCCCAGGGCCGCGCGCCGAGUGCAUACCUGGAAGAUCUCUUUGAGAGUCACACCUCUCCUCGAGGCUCUCAAUCUGGAUUUGAUCGUCAUUAA